GCGCCGCCUGCCUCGCGCCGCUCCCGCCCCCGCAGCCCGCGCGCCGCGCCCCGCCCGGCCCGGCCGCCAGCAUGUCGCGGCGGCGGCACAGCGACGAGAACGAUGGAGGACAACCUCAUAAAAGGAGGAGAACGUCUGAGCCAUCUGAAAUUGAAGAGAGACUGGAAUCUUUAAUAUGCAGAGUGGGAGAGAAGAGUACUUCUUCUUUGGAGAGCAACUUGGAAGGCCUAGCUGGUGUCUUGGAGGCUGAUCUGCCGAACUACAAAAGCAAGAUAUUAAGAAUUCUUUGUACAGUUGCACGUCUAUUACCAGAAAAGCUUACUGUUUACACAACACUAGUUGGGUUGCUGAACGCCAGGAACUACAAUUUUGGUGGGGAAUUUGUAGAAGCUAUGAUUCGUCAGCUCAAAGAAUGUUUGAAAGCCAAUAUGUAUAAUGAAGCUGUGUAUUUAGUUCGUUUUCUAUCUGACCUUGUGAAUUGUCAUGUAAUAGCUGCACCUUCAAUGGUAGCCAUGUUUGAGAACUUUGUGAGUGUGACUCAAGAGGAAGACGUGCCCCAGGUGCGAUGUGACUGGUAUGUGUUUGCAUUUCUGUCAUCUCUGCCCUGGGUUGGAAAAGAACUGUAUGAGAAAAAGGACGCUGAGAUGGACCGCAUUUUGUCCCAGACUGAAAGCUAUUUGAAACGGCGUCAGAAGAUCCAUGUACCCAUGUUACAAGUUUGGUCUGCUGACAAACCACAUCCACAAGAAGAGUAUUUAGACUGCCUUUGGGCUCAGAUUCAGAAGUUGAAAAAAGAUCGCUGGCAGGAAAGACACAUUCUGAGGCCCUAUCUUGCCUUUGACAGCAUCCUCUGUGAAGCACUGCAGCACAAUCUGCCUCCUUUUACUCCACCACCUCACACUGAAGAUUCAGUUUACCCUAUGCCGAGAGUCAUCUUUAGAAUGUUUGACUACACCGAUGAUCCUGAGGGUCCUGUUAUGCCUGGCAGUCAUUCAGUUGAGAGAUUUGUAAUAGAAGAGAAUCUUCACUGCAUCAUCAAAUCCCACUGGAAAGAGAGAAAAACGUGUGCUGCACAGCUACUGAGCUAUCCAGGAAAUAACAAGAUCCCUUUGAACUAUCACAUAGUUGAGGUAGUAUUUGCAGAACUGUUUCAGCUUCCAGUUCCACCACACAUUGAGGUCAUGUACACAACACUUCUGAUUGAAUUGUGCAAACUUCAACCUGGCUCUUUACCACAAGUUCUUGCACAAGCCACAGAAAUGCUGUACAUGCGUUUGGAUACAAUGAACACUACGUGUAUAGACCGGUUCAUGAACUGGUUUUCCCACCAUCUGAGUAACUUUCAGUUCCGUUGGAGCUGGGAAGAUUGGUCAGAUUGUCUUACUCACGACCUUGACAAGCCCAAACCCAAGUUUGUAAGAGAAGUCUUGGAAAAAUGCAUGAGGCUUUCAUACCAUCAGCGAAUAAUAGAUAUUGUUCCUGCUACAUUCUCUGUCCUUAGUCCUGCAAACCCAUCGUGUAUUUAUAAAUAUGGAGAUGAAAGCAAUAAGUCUCUUCCGGGAUACACUGUUGCACUCUGUUUGACCAUUGCCAUUAAAAAUAAGACCAGUAAUGAUGAAAUCUUCGGCAUCUUAAAAGAUGUGCCCAAUCCUAACCAGGAUGAUGAUGACGAUGAAGGCUUCACCUUUAACCCCUUGAAAAUAGAAGUUUUUGUACAGACUCUGCUCCAUUUAGCUGCCAAGUCGUUCAGCCACUCAUUUAGUGCUCUGGCAAAGUUUCAUGAAGUCUUCAAAACCCUCGCUGAAAGUGAUGAGGGGAAGCUCCAUGUGCUGAGGGUUGUGUAUGAGGUCUGGAAGAACCAUCCACAGAUGAUUGCUGUGCUUGUGGAUAAGAUGAUUCGGACGCAGAUAGUUGAUUGUGCUGCCGUAGCAAACUGGAUCUUCUCUCCAGAACUUGCUCAUGAUUUUACUAGGUUCUAUAUCUGGGAGAUCUUACACUCCACGAUUCGUAAGAUGAACAAGCACGUAGUGAAGAUCCAAAAGGAGCUAGAGGAGACUAAAGCAAGAUUAGCCAGGCAACACAAACGA